GGGUGGGGGGGGUGGGCGGGGGCGUCCCGGCCUCGGCGCGACCAUGACUCUGGAGUCCAUGAUGGCCUGUUGCCUGAGCGACGAGGUGAAGGAGUCGAAGCGCAUCAACGCCGAGAUCGAGAAGCAGCUGCGGAGGGACAAACGCGACGCCCGCCGGGAGCUGAAGCUGCUGCUGCUGGGCACUGGGGAGAGUGGGAAAAGCACGUUCAUUAAGCAAAUGCGUAUCAUUCAUGGCUCAGGCUACUCUGAAGAGGACAAAAAAAGCUUCACCAAGCUGGUGUACCAAAACAUCUUCACUGCCAUGCAGUCUAUGAUCAGGGCCAUGGAAACCCUGAAGAUUCUGUACAAAUAUGAACAGAACAAGGCCAAUGCAGUGCUGAUUCGGGAAGUGGAUGUAGAAAAGGUCAUGACAUUUGAGCAGCCGUAUGUAAGUGCAAUUAAAACAUUGUGGAAUGACCCUGGAAUACAAGAGUGUUAUGACAGGAGAAGAGAAUAUCAGCUUUCAGACUCAGCUAAAUACUAUCUUAGCGACGUGGAUCGUAUCGCUACCCCGGGAUAUCUACCAACUCAGCAAGAUGUGCUACGGGUUAGAGUUCCUACAACCGGUAUCAUAGAGUACCCCUUUGACCUAGAGAACAUUAUCUUCAGAAUGGUGGAUGUUGGAGGUCAAAGGUCAGAACGAAGGAAGUGGAUCCAUUGCUUUGAAAAUGUGACUUCCAUCAUGUUUUUAGUAGCACUUAGUGAAUAUGACCAAGUUCUGGUGGAAUCUGAUAAUGAGAACCGGAUGGAGGAGAGUAAAGCUCUCUUUCGAACCAUUAUCACCUAUCCAUGGUUCCAAAAUUCUUCUGUUAUCCUCUUUCUCAACAAGAAAGAUCUGUUGGAAGACAAGAUCCUAUAUUCCCACCUUGUUGACUAUUUCCCAGAGUUUGAUGGCCCACAGAGGGAUGCCCAGGCAGCCCGUGAGUUCAUUCUCAAGAUGUUUGUGGAUUUAAAUCCCGACAGUGAUAAAAUCAUCUAUUCUCACUUCACAUGUGCCACAGACACAGAAAACAUCCGUUUCGUCUUUGCAGCUGUCAAGGACACCAUCCUACAGCUCAACCUGAAGGAGUACAACCUGGUUUGACCUGCUCUGCCCCUUUGAGCCCUUUGAGAGGCUUCAAUUGAGAAGAAAAGACAAAAAAAAAAAGAGAGAGAGAAAUUUUAAAUAUGACAGGAAAAAAAACCCCACCCCCAACAAAAACAAAAGAGUUUUAAUUUUGAUGAUGUAAUGAUUGCAAAUUUGUCUGAUCUGUGGAGUGGCAAGUGCUCAGUGUUAUCCUGGAGUCUCAUGUCUCUGUCCACAGAGUAGUUGAUUUCAUGUUUGUAACAAAUGGCUUUUAUUUCACAGUUAACGGGGAUAUGCCUCAUUCCUUCAGCACCUUGCUUACUUCUUAAUUUUUGCCAAACAGCUAAGGCAGUCUCAUUCAUCCUGAGCUUUUUUCCUUUGUUGCUUAGCCACUGGGUUGGUUGUGUGUUUUUUAUUGGGUUUUAUUUUCCCUUUCUCAUCCCCAUGGUAUAUAUAUAUAUAUAGAGAGAGAGAGAGAGAAACCAAACCACCCCAACCAACUUCCCAGCUGAGAUUUAUGAAUUCACUGGACUGUGGGAGUGCAGAAUGCUACCAGUCCCUUUGCCUCGUGCUAUAGGGUGCCUCUGGUGUAAUUUGCUAAUCCUGCUUGCUUUUUUUAUCCCCCACCCUUCCCCCCUCCACACACACACACAUACACACACACACACCCCCCACACCACCCUGUUCUUUCCCUUCUCUUCCCCAGGACACGCUCCAUGGUUCACUGUGAUGAAAUGUUGGGGAGGAGCAAUUGCUCUCCAACUCUUGUGCAAAAAAAAACACCCCCCAGACCCUAACAAGGAAAAAAAAGAGGGGAAAAAAAGGCAAAACAACAACAAAGCCAUCACUUUCCCAUUCUUUAUAGGUUCUAGUUCUGAGUUAUUUUCUUCCUUAUCAAUUAUGAAAGGUUUGGAGACUGUGAUUUUCUUUGUUUAUUUCUUUGUUUAAAUUAUUGAUGUUCUAUACAUAGUUUGCUACAUGUUGCUGUGUUUUGUUCAUGGACUACAAAUGAUGGAAGCUCUUGGAGCAAUAGCUGCUGAGCCUGGGGAAGUGCCUGACUGUAAUUGUUUCCUUUUUAUUUGAGUUUUUACAUUUUAUUUGGGUUUGAUUUCCUUUUUUUUCCCACAAACACACACACACACACACACACACACACAUCCACACAUCCUCCCCCACCCUCCCCUUUCCUUUUCCCUGCACCACAUGCCCAAGAGAGGCUCAGUUUGCAGAGAGAAAUGACACUUGUUGUUGAGUUGGAGUUCCAUGACAUCAGUGAGCAACUUCUCUAUGCAGUUAAUAUUGAAAGCACACUGAGUGAUUGUGGCAUUUUAAACACCAGGCUUGGGUUGGAUGUGGUGGGGGGAUAAAAACCAAACCUUAGGCUUGUGCCACCCUCCAGUUCUUUCCUUGCUGCCAGUAGCAAACAAGCCUCGUCCUUGUGUUUUGUGCCAGUGUUGAAGGACUCUGUAAGAGUUCCUCUGUCCCAUCCAGCUGGCAGGUUUAUAAAGGACCAGAGCUGAUGAGUGACAAACUUUUGGGACAUAGGGUAGGAUUCUUACUUGAAAGACUGAGACUUGCACAUGUGCUUGCUCCAGGGUGAGAGUGGAGCUGGCAGCACUCACAGCUACACUGUCCCCAGAGCCCUGCUGGGGUUGCACUUUGCUUGAGCAGGAGAGUUAGAGGCAGGGACAGCAGGGUUUGCUGGUGCAGGUGGGAAGCAGAGUGGAAGUGGUUCUGGAUUCUAGAUGCCAAAUGCAACUCCACUAAGCAGAAGGAUGUGAAGCCUUUGCACAUUAGGAGAGCUCUUAUUUAUUUCCCAGGAGCUGAGGCAAGUGAACAAAUGUGCUUGAAGGCCUGUUGCCAGCCUGGGAGAUAACUGCAGUGGCAAGGCAAGGAGUGAAGUAGGAAACAGGGAAGUGUGACCCACCCCUGGAUGAGUGUCAUUUAACCAUCACUAAUGCUUCUGUUUCAAUUCCAACAAGUAGCAUUGGGUCCAAAUUCUCUGGGUCAACCAGAUUGCCCCCCUUGAAGGCCAGCAGGCUGCCAGUAGAUAGAGACUAAAUGAGCUGCACUGUUGAAGGGGGCUGUUGAUAUUUUGUCUCUUUUGUAGACAGAGCACUACAUCAGUGUUUUGCACAACAUGUAAGAGUAAAUCUUAACUGUCUGAGAUGCUGAACACUAAAAUGGGGAGGGAUGUAAUUAUGUUUAGAGGUCCCUCUUGUUUUCCAGAAUAGCUGAGGGAAGCCUCUGUAUGUGUCUCAGAGCACUACAGAAGGAAGCAAGCUCUGCUAAAGGUGAUUAGAGAGCUCAAGUUGGAACAGCAGCCAUGGGACCAACAGUUGAAGAGCCAGUCUGGGCUGAGUGGUGAUGCUGAGAGAAACACAGCAUCCCUCUUACACUAGCCAUGCUCUGGACUGCAUUGAACACUUGGGAGGAGUGAGAGGGAUUCCCAUGUGUCAGACAGCUUUGCAUCAAUUUUACUGCUUCUUUGUUUUGUGUGUCUUUAUGCCAAAAUGAUCCAUUUUGUAGAAAGUGUCCUAAAAAGAGGAAUUUAUAAUCAUCUUGGUGUACUCUCAAGUGCUGCUCAUCUGAUGGCAGCAUCAGCCUCUUUCACUUCUGUGAUCCUUUUGUAAAUGGUUCACACUACAACUGCUGCCAGCACCAAACCUGGCACUGAGAUAACACAGGUUCUUGGAGAUAACUUCCCAGAAGUUACUUCUCUUUUCCAAGGUGAAUGAUGGUGGUACUUCCACUUGAAUCAGAUACUUGGUUUGUAUCUCCCCCUUCGUUUAAGAGCUGCUGCCCUGGCACAGGAGGAGGGAGCUUGGCUUCUGUCUCUUGCAGAGUGAAUCCUUGUUGGGGGAAAGCUGUGGGAGGCUUUUGGGCACGAGGGUUUGGGCAUGUGCUCGACCUUACUGAGCAACUGCUUGGUGGAGCUGGUGCAGUAGGGCCUGGUGACAGCCUUGGUGUGAUGAUUCUUGCAAAGGGAAGGGGAGGAUGUUAUGCCAUGGCUGUCUCCUGAGUUCCCAAAACCUCAGUUCUGAGUGAGGAGGGGAGUGGGUCAGACUUAUAAUCUGGAGUUGUCUGUGGACUGUCUUGUUUGUGAGAAGACACCAGUGUAGGCACAUGCUUUCCUUAGCAAGCAGUAGCUCGUGUGCCUCCAGCUUGGCCAAUGAAGCAUUCCUGCAGAACUGGUUCAUGUCUCUGUUGGCUGUCCCUUUGGCAAACACCCACCCUAGCAAAAGUGCCAAACCUUAAACCAAAUUUGCCUGGAUCAUCAUCUUCUGCAAGUGAGGCCAGUCCCAGUUGAGGCAGCAGACUGACCUUCAGCAAAGAGGUGGAAUUUGGCUCCUUGUAGAGAAUCUCGAGUCUAAGGAAGAGGCCUCUUGGCUGACCUCUGCUCCUUGUGCACUUUUUCAUUCUGCUGAAGAAAACCAACAUAACUUUGAACCAGUUGGAAACUUGAAGUCAAUGAGGAGAGGACCAUCCCAUUCCUUAGCACCACUCAGUGGUGAAUUAGCUGCCUGGUGAGCAACAACCCCUUUCCUGCUCCAGCGCUGGCAGAUUUAGCUCCUACCCUCCCUGCCUGUCUCCUUCCUUCCUUCUCCCUGGAGCUGGAUUCUUUGGUCUCUUGUUGUUGCUUCCUUGCAAUGUUGGCCUUGCCUUCAACUAUGGGGUUGUUGUUUUUUUUGUUUUGCCUUCAUGUGUUUCCUUGGGUUAAAAAAAAAAGAGAAAAAGUACCAAAAAAAUAUCUAAAAGUACUUCCAGAGUGUGCUGACCAUUGUCUUGUACUGUACAGAGCCCAGGUUGUUGAGUCCAGCAGAGAUCAAGUGUGUUAUGCAGCACCCAGUUUGUUCCUUUUGGGUUUGUUCUUUUCUUUUAAGAGUAUGGUUUGUGCCAAUGCCCCUUCUUUUAGUAGUGCCAGAGACUCUUUACAAGUGCCAAUGUGGUGGAAAUUCUUUUGGUUAUACUUGUAUAUUAUAGGAUCCUGAUUUAAGACAAUUUCAACAUUAUCCUAUUUAAAACAAACAAAACAAAGAUACUAUAUAAAAUGCUGUUUUUAAACCUUGUCAUUUGCAAUGCAUGUAUUGUUGUGAGUGUUGGGAGGGGGGGGAGGGAAGAGGGGAGGGGAAAGGAGUUUCUGAAUAAGAUGCCCAGUGUCAGGAUCUAUUCAGGCUCCAAACUGUCUCAUUCCUGUCCAGGAGUGGGAUUGUUUCUUGGAAUGAUCCCACUCUGACUUGCUGGGCAACAAACCCUUAUUACAGAAAUAUCUGAUGGAAAUUGAUUUUCAUAUCUUUCUCCUGAAAUAAAAUCUCUGUUUGAAAUUGGAAUAAAUUUUGUUCCUAAAA